AUGGGCGAACCAAUGGCAGGCCACAUCGCUAAAACCCAUAGCAUGAUAGUACAUGACCGGGCUGGCACAACCGAACGCGCCCCUGCAAGCGCGAAAAUUGCCGACUCCAAUACCGAAAUUGCACAACAAGCUGACAUCAUUGUACUGAGCUUGCCCAGUGUUGCCGCUAACGCUGAAGUCGUGGCUGAGAUUGCAGCGACUGGCAACGCUGGUACGCUGGUUAUUGAUACCUGCACUAUCGGCGUAGAUUCAGCGUCUGCUAGCGCACAGAAACUUCAAGCGGCUGGGGUAGAUUACCUCGACUCCCCAGUAUCCGGCCUAGCGAUGCGCGCGCAGGAAGGAACGCUUGCAACAAUGUGUUCCGGUUCGAUAGAAGCUGUCGAACGCGCCCGCUCUGUUAUCGACUGCUAUUCACGGUUAAUAUUCCACGUUGGUGAACAAGCUGGUCAAGGGCAACGCAUGAAGCUGGCUAACAACGCACUAUGCAUUGCUCAAUAUGUGAUUACCUCAGAAGCAUUAGCCUAUGGCGAAAAAGGUGGUCUUGAUGUUGAGACCAUGCUCAAUGUCAUUAACGAAAGUUCUGGCAUGAACUUCACAACAUCAUUUCUGUUCCCGAAAUACAUCACCACUGAGCGGUACGACGAAUCUGGUGCCGAGGCCCAUGUACCCUGUAAAGACCUCAGUUUAUUCAUUUCUGGAACCGAGCAAGACUGCACGCCUAAUGAUGCGGUGAAGGCCGCGUAUGAUGUCUUCAAGGCAUUCACCGACGAAGAUCCCAAGCGUGACCAGAUGCGGAUUUAUCCGUAUGUAAAAGGCAAACAAUCAUGA